AGAAGCCCUGUUUUUUUUGCCUUUGCAGAAACUUUAUUGCCUUCGCAGAAUUACAAAACGGGCAAUUCCUGACGAGAGAGAGCGAGAGUGCUGCUGGCGUUUGUUUUGGGCUGUUUGCCACAUGUGGCACCAAUACAAGACCUGAGAGCAGGAGCGAGACGGAACGAGAUAGAACAAGCGAAGGAGCGCGCAAGACCAACCGAGACAAGGGUGAGCAAAGAUAAGGUAGUGAAAGAGAGAGAUGUGGGGAAUGGCAGACGGAGAGAAAAAGAGAGGGAGCGGAAGGGAAGGAGGAUGAUGGAAGGAAACAGGGAUUUAGAUGAAGACGGGGGGAACGUGGUUCUUUCUCGCAACUAGGUGCAAGACGGGAGGGAACGAGAGAGAAGAGAAAGAAGGAGAGAAGCAGGGCAUGCGUGAAAUGACACAAAAGAACAAGUGUGAAGGGAAUGAAGCGGAGAGAGAGAGAGAGGGAGAAGCAGUAGCAGAAGUGGGGGAAAGAGAAGGAAGGGGAAGAGGAAGGGAGAGGUAGAUUAUUGAGAGGGAAAUAAGAUAUUUGGGGGAGGGAAAAAGGGAGAGGGAAUGUUGUAGAAAGUGUUGUACAUAUCUAUGAGAGAACGGGGAGUUGAAGGCGUGAACAGUGAGUGUGAGAGACAGCAAGGGAGACAGAAAGGGGAGAAGGUACUAAGUCAAAGAAACAAGAAGGGAGAGAGCUGAACUAUAAAGUCUUUCCUCCUCUCACUUUCUUGCUCUCUCUCUCUCGCUCACACACUAACAUACACAUGAGAAAACGCUUGGAAAGGGAAACGACAGCCUGAAUACUGAAUGAAGGAAGGAAGCUAAAUUAGGCUGAGCAACAAGCCUGGAACACACACACACACACACACACACACACACACACACACACACACACACACACACACACACACACACAAACGCACACUGUGGGACCUUCAUUCUCCAGACUGAGAGAUUGUGAGACAUUUGGAACGACAGGCAGGGAGACCUGCUAGCAGACACUCUGGCAAGGAGAUAGUCAGACAGGAAAACAGACAGCCAGACAGACAGACAGGCAGUGAGACAGAAAGCCAUUCAAUGAGGCAGACAGGAAGUGAGACAGACAGGCUGACAGACAGACAGACAGUCGGGCAGGAAGCGAUAGAGGCUGAGAAAGACAGACAGGUGUACGGAUGUGAUGCCGUACGCAGACACAGACAGGCAGGCAAGCAGCAUGGAGCGUGCGAGGGCGGCCGAGGGGAGGCAGCAGCAGCAGCAGAACGGAGAGAGAGAAAGCGGAGCCCAGAGCAGCAGCAGCAGCCGCCCCGACUCCAGCAGUCACAACCAGGAGCUUGAAACAAGAGGCAGGCAGCUCCAGCACCCAGGAACACAUAACAAGAGGCAGGCAGCUCCAGCACCCAGGAACACAUAACAAGAGGCAGGGAGCUCCAGGACCCAGGAACACAUAACAAGAGGCAGGCAGCUCCAGCACCCAGGAACACAUAACAAGAGCCAGGCAGCUCCAGCACCCAGGAACACAUAACAAGAGCCAGGCAGCUCCAGCACCCAGGAACACAUAACAAGAGGCAGGCAGCUCCAGGACCCUGCGGCCAGCCCCCAUCCACUCUCCCUUGUUUUUAAUGAGAGUGUAAGAGAGAGAGCACCAGUGGGAGAGAGAGAGCGGCUUGCUUGGUUCAUGCUCUGAGGACAGAGGGAGAGAGAGAGAGAGAGAGAGAGAGAGAGAGAGAGAGAGAGAGAGUGUUGUGCGAGGUUAAGUGAGUGAGGCUUCUCCUUGCUGGAGGGAGUCGUGCACCAGUUAGAGCAGCGCGCACGGCUCAGAGGAGGUCACCGCUCCUUCUCUCCUUGGAUUUAAUUACUUUAAUUCUGCCCCGGAGGAGGAGGAGGUGGAGGAGGAGAGACUUGCUCUGCCGUGUCACAUUGUUCAGUCCCAGCAUCUGGAGACAGAGAGAGUGGCCGACACCUGGAGCUGUCGUCGCCGCGUCAGGAUUUUUAUUGAAUUAUGGGAUGCCGUUGCCGAGAUGACAAGCGGCCAACGCGUGGAUAUUAAUGAACUUCUUUGAAGUGGGUUUGUUGCUUCCGCACGCUGGAUUACAAACUGUUGGACUUCAGUUCCAGGGUCUUUGUUUUUUUCUCCUCCUCACUGGAAACAAAGCUCAGGACUUGCCUCCCAGCUCGCCUCCGGAACUGAGAAACAAAACCGAAAGAACCGACUCCAGAACUCCAGCCUGACGUAAAGGGUGGCAAGGCUGUGCCAUUUAAUUCGAUCAGGGACCAAAGAGUUGAACCUCCUCUGCCUCAUCGUCUCCCUGUCAGCAGGCCAUCACGCCACAGCAGGAGCAGAUGACAGCUCCUUUCCCCCCCGGCUCCGUUAACUCUGCGCUGAGCCGGCCCGAGGGCUGGGGACUCCCGGGUACAUGCUCUUCAAGAGACCGCCCGCUCCGUUUAAAGGAUUAGUUCAGGGAGAGGUUUGUUAGUUUGAGGAGUUCCGAUCCAGGCCUCCCUUGUCCACUAAUAUCCUUUUUUUUUUUUUUCGGGGAGAGAUCCAACAAACUCAACACUCAAAGCAUUCUUUAUUCCAUCUGGGGCCAAGGAGCAGUUGGUCAGUACCGGACACCUUGUGUUUUGGAAGGAUAGCCAGACAGGACAAAGAGCAGAAGAGCGAUGGUGUUGACCCCCAGGCACUGAAUCAAGACAGCCUUUGCAGCUGCUGCAAGCUAUUAUGAUACAGGGGAGCCAACACUCACAGCAGGGGAACUGAGAGAGCGUUUACGUGACUUCUGAGGAUUUCUUUCAAGUUGAACCUUUAGGGCUUAUUAAGUCAUGACUUAACCGCCCAACUUCGCAGUCGACCAUCGCGGCCAACUAACUGACAAAAGAGCCCUCAAACGUUCAUCGCAGUGUGUCCGUGCUGCCGGUGCCGGUGGGCUUCAUCAACGCCCCCCCUGAGAUGCUUUGGCCGGAGUGGAACCCUACAGUGGGACCCAAAGGAGAACCGGAGCCCGGGAUCAGCAGACCCCGUCUAUUUGCGUCUUUGAGUUCUGGAGGCGGCCCUGCGGACGAGCGGACCUGAAGAAGCUGCGACAGGUGUGUGUGUGUGUGUGUGUGUGUGUGUGACCUCCAGCAUGGCGUCCCCCUGUUCCCAGCGGUUGCUAUGGCGUUCCCCGCGGGCCUCCGUGCCGGUUCAGACCGCCUCGUAGACUCUCUCCGGGGACGCCUCUGCUCCGCUUCCAGCCCCCCCGUCCGACAUGCUGCCCGGAGGUGGCGGUGGCGGUGGCGGUGGGGAAGGGGGCCGCUGGGCCGGCCUGUGCCUGCUCCGCUGGCUGGGCGUCAGGCUGUGGUCCCGGCGGGGGACCCUGCUCUUCGCCCUGCUGUGGUUCGGCUCCUGGGUCUUCCUGAACGGGCUGGUGCUGGUGCACCGCAGCAUCCUGUCCGACUACUGCACCGACGACAAGAGCAAGAGGAUCCUGCAGCGGCUGUGUGUGGACUAUGCUGAUGGUGUGGUGACAGGAGACAUGUGUGCAGACCUGUGUGUGCGUGAGCUGGUGCAGUACAAGGGCUGCCUGUACUACGACAACGGCAAGAAGGUGAUGGAGGCGCGCUGGAAGGAGCUGCCCAUCAUCCUCAAGUCCAAGCUGGAGAACUUCUCCUCCUACGAGCCCCUGGCCAUCCUCGACUACCAGGAGACAACAGACGAUCUCUCUCCUCUGGACGUGGUGUUUUACGCCACUUUAGAAGUGCGUAACUCGCUGGGCCUGGUGGCGGACGAGGAGGGGGAGGUGGAGGGCGCCCCUGGUGGCGGGGAGAGGAACAGCUCCCUGGCCAGGCUGUGGGGCCACAGGCUGAGGAGCCGGGACAAGCCGUACUCCAGGGCGGAGCUGGCCUCCCUCUGGGCCCUGCUGCAGCAGGAGGAAUACACCUUCCUCAGAGUGCUCCAGGACCUCAGCAGCCACGUGGCCAGGGUCCUGGGCUCCUGCGGCCACUUCUACGCCGUGGAGUUCCUGUCGGCCGGACACGCCUGGGACCAGAACCUCUUCUCCCUGGACCAGGCGUCGGCCCCCGGGCCUCCGGGCCCCGCCGGCCCCAUGACCAGCAGGGACAAGGUCCACCGCAUCGCCCUCAGCUUCCUGGACAUGAUCUGGCACUUUGACAACGACUUCACACACCGGCUUCACCUCUGCGACAUCAAGCCCGAGAACUUUGCCAUCCGGAAGGACUUGACGGUGGUUGCCAUCGACGUGGACAUGGCCUUCUUCGAGCCCAAGAUGCGAGACAUCUUGGACCAGAACUGCACCAGCGACGACGACUGCAACUUCUUCGACUGUGUGUCGCGCUGCAACAAACACAAGCACCGGUGCAGCCCUCGACGCAGCAACAGCAACCUGCAGGUGAUCUGUGAGAAGAUUUUCCGCUCCUGGUUCUCCCCCACCCUCCUCGGGGUCAAGGCCGGGCUGCCUCUGCAGGUGGAGCUGCAGAGGGCCGUGCAGGACUGCACCGAGAUGCUGGGGGAGGAGGAGGACGAGGAGGACGAGGAAGAGGAGGAGGACGGCACCGGGGAGGAGGGGAAAGGGGAGCAGCGGAGCGGGAACAUCCAUCAGCACCUCGUCACACUGCUGACACGCCUCCUCAAUGAGGGAGGGGCUUCCAGUGAAGUGGGCGGGGCACGGGAAGGGCAAGGCCACGCCCACACGUCGUUGAACUUUUGAGGAAUCCGGGGAAAGUGGACCUCGAAAAGAACAACUGGGUUCUUGGAGUAACUGUUGUCCCUGAGGACAUUCCCGCACGGAGCGAGCUGAUCCUCAAGAGCUUUAUUUUGACUGAAUUGGGCAGUUGGGCACAAGAACUUGGAUUCGCCCACUGACACAAGAUCGUGGCUUGGCGGACAUUCAUCUCUUAUUUUCUGAAAUAUGAAUAAAAACCCUAAAGCCAAAUGACAGCAGGACAAAGACAAAAUGGCGCCCUGCACUUUAGUAGUGGAUGUGUUGGUUUGGGCUGCAGAGAUGGCGUGCAUGUCCUGGGAAACACACUGUGAAAGAACCUCACAAGCCAUCAACUCUGCUUAGCAGUUACAACUUGUGGAUACCCUCUGCUCCUUUUUUCUUCUUAGACAAAUCUGCAUUGCUACCGAAAAGCAAUGUACACAUGAAAGUUAAGCAAAAAUAACAAAAUAAAGUGUUAUCUUUAUUGCUUCCUAAAGGCUGCUUACAAUUUUCCAAAAGGCAAAUCAAUGUAUGAAAAUGAAGCAUAAAUAACAAUACAAAUGAUCUUCAGCCGAAUGUUUUGUGAGAAGUUGAAUUGUCUAGUAUUCCAUCCUUAGGAUAGGAAGAGGAAUAUGACAACGCUUCAAUUAAUCCAAAAAUAAACAAAACAAAUUCAGUGCUACACAGAAGCAUCUUUUCUUCAGCUCUAAGCCUCUGAGGAAAAUAAAUAUGUACUGGUAAAAAUCGAUGUUCCACAAACUAACAUUUACUACAUAUUUUACUCCCAUACCCCAGCUGACCCUUACCCUUACCCUGUCUUUGUCUUGUGCUGAACCUGUGUUCCUCCGUCCACAUUAACGCUGAAGUUCUCGUUCAGAGGACGUACAGGAACGGCGUGCACACACCUGGCGCGGCAGCUCCCCCAGGCUAGGAACAGGGUGGCCCGCGCGGGUCUAUUUCCCAGCAGGUAAACCCCUCAGCGAUGGGCUGAACAGUGAACAAAGACCAGCUGAGGUUCCUCAGAAUCUCCCUCUGCCUCUUGCCUGGAGCAUCCCAGGACCGAAAGGCCAACAGCCCUUCACCUGGAGUCUGAUGAACCUACCUGUGUGUGUGUCUACGUGUGUGUGCGUGUACGUGCCUGUAUCUGUGAGCAGGUUUGUGUAUGUGUGCCGGUUCGUUCAGAGAGUGUAUGCACUUCUGUGUGUCUUCCUGAGUGUGUGUGUGUGUGUGUGUGUGCGGGUUUAUGUGUGUAUGGGCGGGACGUCGGAUUGCGUAUGCAGGUGGGUGUGUUUGUGUGUACGUGAGUGUGUUACUGAGUGCACUUUCAGGAAGUAAACAAUGACAAGAGGUUAAGUGAGGACUAAAAUGCAGCCAGCGAUGGUCAGAUGGGUGGAGAGUGCGGAUGGAUGGAGAGGAGAGAGAGACAAAAUUACAACCAGGAGAACGAUUAGGGGAGCAAGUGCUGCUUCUGUCGAGGCUUUCUGAAUAAGAAUACGUCAGGACAAAAUUGUUGAAGUAGCUCAUGUGUUGACCUUUAUGUCCUUUCCCUCGAUGGUGUACUGGAGAUGUGCGUUCUCAGUUGACUGCGCUAUUUGUCUAUGGCAUUUUGUGAUACUAUCGCCAGGGGGAUGUUUGUAUUUCAUGCCAUGAUGGUCGUCGACAGAACAAAAUGACAAAGCAAAGUAAAAAAAAGCUAA